CUGUGCUGUUUGGCUCGGUUGGAAUCGCUUCCCGCAGUGCAAUUUGAUAAAGAUCGAUGCAUGGCAUCAUGGCAUCGUGGCAUCGAGAGCAUAGGAGCUUCGCGGAAGUUUCUGUGCAUACGCGACAUUCGCGGCACACACGGCGUAUGCGCAAUGUGCUCUUAUCACGGGUCGCCAGCGUUCAAGUUGAAUGUUGAAUGCAUCUGCUCAAUUGCCUCUAGCUAUGUUCCAUUCCUAUUCUGGUUUUUUUUUUUAUUUUUUUGUUAGAUUUUGUAUGACUAUGUGUUGCUGUCUGUGUACUAUAUUUAUUUUUAAUUUCGCUGGCGUCGAGUGUGUGUCCUUCAAAUGCAAUUGUGCGAUGAUUAGAAACGCAAAGCGCGAACCGAUUUUUACUUUUUGUUUCUAAUGUCUGUAUGUGCAGCUGUUUAUUUUCAUUUUCACAGCGAUAGCGAAAAGCUUUUUUUUGGCGCGCUAUCUGCAGUUGCACGCUCACGAAUGCAGUUUGUUGAUUUAACUAGAAUAUUGUUGAUUUUUCUAUAGCAAAGGCAUGCAUGACUUCCUAGUGUGUCGAACGCAUCUGUAAGUUGCGCAAAGGGGUUGCCGCCAUUCCCCCAAUGCCCCCACACCCCCACUGAAAAUCGAAAGUAUCUCGUGAAAUGGUGAAACCCACUAGCUCGAUUCUUCCUCAUAUCGUCUGCAUAUUUUUGGCUGACGGCGCCAGCUGGCAAAAACCCACACCCAAAAGUGGAUGGCCAUAGACAAGGGAUGGGAAAAUCACGAGCAGCCAGAAAUCACUUUCUGCAGAUCGUUUUCGCACAUUUCCGCACUCGCAGACACAGAAUCCAAAUGCAAUUCGCAAGUGCAAGUGCAAGUGCAUUAGGCAUUAGGCAUCAUUCAGCACAUACUGACAUUCAGAUAGAUUCACAUAGUCGGUAGUGUUGCAAUUUGCAUCCGUGUCGCAUUUGAUCGCCGCGGCUCGGGAAAAUCGUAUUUCGUAUUUCGCAUUCGCAUUUCGCAUUCUACGUGCGUGCAGUUCGACGAGCGGACGGAAUCGGGAUUCGAGCCACUUUGUAGCUCCUUUUGGCCACUUGAUUGGCUUGCCGGGGGAGUUGAAUAUAUAGAGCCGUAUUAUAUAUCUGUGUCAAUUGGAUCAAGUAAAACUUCAACCACAAACAACUAGCAGAAUAAGCAGCCACCACUGAACCCCCCACAUAUAUAUAUAUAUAAAACCAGCACAUAUAUAUACGCAGUGUUAGCUGAGCAACAAUCCUAGCUAUAGUCGCCAUGCAUGGACAUCACAACCACAACCAUCUGCCGCAGCAGCAGGCACAAAACCAGCAGGAGCAGCAGGCGGCGGCCAUCAUGAAGGCAGCCAACCAGCCCCACCAGCCGCACCAGUCCCACCAUCCCGCCCACAGCCAUCCGCUCAACCAUCCGCAUCCACAUCCGCACCAGCAUGCCCAGCCACAUCCGCAUCCACAUCCGCAUCCGCAUCACAAGCUGUCGGCGAGAAGGGCGCGCAGCCGGAGUCGAAGUCGCAGUCCGACGCCGGAUGGCAAUCAGGACUACGAUGUGACCAGGAUGCGGGAGGAGGACUUCGAGCGGCUGGCCGUCUACCUGGUGCCGGAUGUCCAGGCGGAGCGGGGACUGCCCAAUCGGGCGGACAAGACGCUGCCGCGCAGCCUGACGCUCAAGUCGUCCAUGGUCUACUCAACGCCAAAUGUUAAGACUGAAGGAGUUUGGAGCAGCGGGGUCAUCCCACGUGGCACUCGCUUUGGCCCAUUCGAAGGCAUUCCAACCUCUAAUUAUCCCAAUGAUAAGAAUAAGGCGCGCUAUUUCUGGCGGGUGCAGGGAACACGCCACAUAACCUACGGGAAUAUUAAGAUCUUCAAGGACGAUGACUACUAUUACUUGGAUGGCUCAGAUCGCUCGCAGUCCAAUUGGAUGCGCUAUGUGGCCUCCGCUUAUAGUCUGUCCGUGAUGAAUCUGGUGGCGUGCCAGCACCAGGAGAACAUCUACUUCUACACCACCCGCGACAUUCUGCCCAACGAGGAGCUGAUGGUGUGGUACUGCAAGGACUUCGCCAGUCGCCUGGGCUACGAUGUGGAUCCCGAGACGACGAUCUUCGGCGCCUGCAAGCAGGCGGUGGAUGCGGAGGAGGAGGCGGACGAGGAGGAGGAAGAGGCGGAGGGGGAGGACGGAAAGCCGCGAUACUCGAUGCCAGCUCCGGAAAUUCCACCCGAUGUGGCCGUUAGUCACAUAACCUACGUCAUGGGCCUCCAUCUGCCUGUGGGCGCGGGAGGUGGUCCGGCCAAUGGAUCGGUUGCGGGUUCCGUUUCCGGUGCCACGCCUCCGCCCCCAACUGCCACGCCCUGCUGCCGCCGCUCCAGUCCACCCGCCCACGUCAGCACCACCAGCUCCACCUGCAACUCCCACCACCCGCACAUCCAGCAUGGUCGCCACGCCUCCGUGAUCAUCGGCCAGGAUCGCUCGCCAUUGGCCAGCAGCGACAAGGAUACGGCGGGCUCUCCCCUGUCCGGUCUGGACCAUCAGAUGACCCCGCAGGAUGGCAGCGUGCGGUCUGUGAGAUCGGACGAGGGCUACCACAGCAACGAGUGCCACGAGGAUGGACUCACCCCACCCGAGGAUUCCAGCGACAGCGAGAGUGAGCAUAACUACGUGCUAGACUGCUCCAAGAAGGCAAUUGCGCCCAAGGAGACAGUGAUUGCCCAGGCCCAAAAGCCCAGCAGUUCGCCACCGGCCGUGGUUAUUGCUAACACCACUACCAACUCGAUGAACAGCCACAAUUCGCCCACUGCGACGCCCAUUUGCGAAGCGGACAAGAAUGAGUACAGAAAGUUCAAGGUGAAGAUGCCGCUGAAGUACGAGUUCAAGAACAAGAGCUGCGUGAAGCAGGAGCCAAGCCUGAAGGAGGUGGACCAGGAGAUGUCCCUGCCGCAGGAGGAGGAGGAGGAUCAGGUGAUGCAUCCGGAACCCGAUUCCAUAUGCCCAUCCACCACCACCCAUCUGGGCGAUGAGCACAUGCUGAUGAUGGAACGCGAACGUGAACGGGAGCGGGAGAGGGAGCGCGAAAGGAUUCAGGAAAGAGAACCAUCCAACCAGCAGCCCGCCUCCUCCACGGUCAUCGUGCUGGAGCACAACUCCGGCGGUCAAGCCCGCACCAUUGUCCCACUGAGCAAGCCCUACUACGAACCAGAUCCGCCGGGCGAACGCUACAUGCGAUUUGGCCAGCCCUCAUCCAGCAUCCUGGAGACCAUCCUCACCAGCCAGCAUCGCUUGGAGGCGGCCGCUGCUGCGGCAAAUGCCUGUCGCCAGGCCAAUGCCGCUACACCACCGCCCACUUCGCCCACGGAGAUGGCCUACAGCUACAAGAAGUCCCAGCGAUACGGCAAUGCCGUGAGUCCGGACAGCAGUUCCAACCUGGGACAGAAUCCCGAGCAGCUCUCCUCGUCGGCAGUGGUGGUCGGUGAACAGGAAAUGACCAGGGCCACGUUGAUCAAGGGAGAGUGCUCACCACCACCGCCCAGCCAUCAUCAUCACAAUGUGAUCUUCUCGCCCUCGAGACAUGCUGCUUAUCUGGGUGCCGGAGAGGCGGGUGGACACUCGCCGAGUCCCGGCUAUCCUGGCUAUCCCCACUAUGGAGCUGCAGCCACCUCGACGUUUCAUUCACCACCACACAGUUCCCAUUCCCCGUUCGAUCGCCAGUCGAAUGCGUCCAGUGGCGCCGGUUCGGCCACCAACUUGCAUUUAUUGCAAACCAGCACCCAGAUGCUAAACCAUCCGCUGAUGCAGCCCCUCACUCCCCUGCAGCGUUUGUCCCCGCUGCGGAUCUCCCCGCCCAGCAGCCUGAGUCCCGAUGGUAACUCGUGUCCGCGCAGUGGCAGCCCCCUGAGUCCCAAUUCCUUGGCCUCCCGAGGCUACCGAUCGUUGCCCUAUCCGCUGAAGAAGAAGGAUGGCAAGAUGCACUACGAGUGCAAUGUGUGCUGCAAGACCUUUGGCCAGUUGAGCAACCUGAAGGUGCAUCUGCGAACCCAUUCGGGCGAAAGGCCCUUCAAGUGCAAUGUGUGCACGAAGAGCUUCACACAGUUGGCGCACCUGCAGAAGCAUCAUCUGGUGCACACGGGCGAGAAACCGCAUCAGUGCGACAUCUGCAAGAAGCGUUUCUCGAGCACCUCCAACCUGAAGACCCAUCUGAGGCUGCACAGUGGUCAGAAACCAUAUGCCUGUGACCUCUGCCCGCAGAAGUUCACACAGUUUGUGCACCUGAAGCUGCACAAGCGACUGCACACGAAUGACCGGCCGUAUGUGUGCCAGGGUUGCGACAAGAAGUACAUCAGUGCAUCCGGCCUGAGGACCCACUGGAAGACCACCAGCUGCAAGCCCAACAAUCUGGAGGAGGAGCUGGCCAUGGCAGCGGCGGCUACUUCGGAGUGUUUGGAUAAAGACCAUCCCGAACCGGACUCCCGAGAAGCCUACGAGCAACUGACGCAGCACAUGCAUCCGGCGGUGCAUCCGGGAUUGAGGCACCUCUCGAGUGGAGGGCAGUCACCGCCACGCCUCAUACCCCUGGGCAAUCACAUGGCGCCACAACAGCAGUCGCAUCAGCAGCAGCAGCAACAGCAUCAGCAGCAGGGCGUGCCACCGCCCCACUUGCUGAUGACGCAACAUUCGGUGGGCCCGGCACCCAUGCUGCUGACCACCGCCAGCCAGUUGCCACCACCGCCGCCACAUCAUCAGCAGAACUCGCCCAGCCGCCUGCUGCAACACGGCCACCCACAUCCGUUGCAGCAGAUGCAACAACAGCAGCAGCAGCAACAGCAGCACUCGCCCAAGGGACUCAAAUCCCUGCCAGAAUCGGGGGUGUAUCUGCAUGGGCAGCAUGUGCAGGCGCAGGAGAGCAGACCAUCGGUCAUUGAGUCCUCCAACCAGCCCAUGAUCAUCGAGUGCACGUAGAAGGUACAAGGUACUGGUACAUGGUACAUGGAAUUCGGAACGGACAUGGAGCAGCUGCAGACCAGACCAGGAAGUGAUGGAAUCCAAGUGCAAUAAAAUUAAUUAGAGUUAAGCGACAGACAGGCAGACAGACAGACGUUACCCCUUUCAAAACAAAAAGGAUAACAACAACAAAAAGAUAACGCAGCACAAGUAAACGUAAACGGUAUUAUUAUAUAGUUGUACAUAGUUAGAGAUUCCCUCGUAAAUUUUUGAUCCUCCCUAAACCCUGAAAUUGAAAUUGAAAACUCAUUUUCGCGCUAUGAAAACUAGAUCUCACCAAUUGGCAAUCCCAUGAAUUCUUCUUCUCAUCAUUAUCAGCAUGGCAGGAGAGCACUAAAGGCAUAUUAUUUUUGAUAAAUAUUUUAUAUAAAUACACCGAACAUAUAAAACGGAAGUGAACGAAAUUGGUUAACAGAAAGCGAUUGUUAAUGGGAAAAUAAAUGGAGCCGGCAGCAGAUGAGAAUUUUGCGGAGAAAACUGUGAACGAGAGAAAGAAAAUGCAUUUAGACUUGACUUUCGAUGAUUUUCCAGUUCUGAUUUGUCGUCUCACCCUCGCUGUUUGUUCGUUUGUUUGUUUGUUUGUUUGUUUGUUUGUUGAGGCGCGCACCUUUAGAUGUAGAUUACAUAUAAACGAGUUAAAGGAUAAAUAAGGAUACAUUUACAUACAAUACAUAGAUUCAAGUUGCCUUAUUUGAAUUUCGUUAGCACUGAGAUCCGCGGAAAGAACAACACAGUAACCGAAAACAUUUCGAACAUCUCUGUUCAGUAAGAGCAGACAUCUGCAAAGCUUAUAUACGUAUUUUAUAUAUGAAUAUAUCAUUAUUAUACAUACGAGUAUAUAUACAUAUUUAUAUAUAUAUAUUUAUAUGUAUUUUAUCAUAUAUAUACACAAACGGAAAUGCAGCAGCAAACAAAUGAUAGCAAAACUGUAAAUAGAAGGAAACCUUAUUUCGGCAUCUGUUGAACUAGUAUCGCCUAGCUAUAUAUAAUUACGUAGACCUCUAGGGAUUACCAUUACCAUUAUCAUUAUUAUGAUUACUAUGAUUAUUACGGAAAAAAAAGAUAUACAAACUAAGCAACAAACAAAAGAAAAAAAACGUAAAGAAAACUUAGCUGAAAAAUCGGUGCUUUUGACUGUUUCCAUUUGUCCACGUUUACAUUUACGAUUGUAUUUGUACUUCGAAACAUAUGAAUUAUAUUGUAAACCACACUAAAUAUAUAUAAAAUAUAUACAGGUUAGUAUAACACUCUAGGAUAUCUCCCCACAAGCUACUUUGCGCCUUAAUAAUUCAACCUUCCUCCAGCUCCUUUAAGUCCUUUAACUCCUUUCAACACAAACAACAAAAAAAAAAACGGAAUCCAAAAAAUUUGCUCGUAUUGUACUUUACCAAAAUUAUGCUCUCAAUUAGUCUUCGUUUUCGUCUGAAUAUUAUAUAUAUAUGAAAUCUUUAGCUAAACAUAAGCUUAUAAUCUUAAUGAGGCUGACUAGCUUUAAGUAUCCACAUAAAUCUAUUAAGCGCAUAUUAAUUAAAUUAGCCACUAAGCUCUGUAUAUUAAAGGCUGAGUCCCAGAACUCGGCUUCGAUCUGUAAGACACAACACCAAUUCGUAAUAAUUAAGUAUUUGUCUUGUAAAGUACGAGAUACGGGGGUGGGGAGUUCGGGGAAAUUCUAUGGAAUUCCGAUAAUUGAGACUAAGACUAUGCAAAAGUUUUUGUAUUUUUGUAUUUGAUACAAAGCUAGCAGGAGUUAGGAAUGGAGUGACGAUGAGAUGUUUUAGCCACGUAAUAUCUAGUUUAAGCUAGCCCUAAGAUUUCUAAGCAUAUGCAAUAUUUAUACGCAUAAUAUUUCUAAAACAAAAAAAAAAAACAAAAAAAGCAAAACGCAGAAAAGAUGAGACAAGCCUACAUA